AUGAGCCAGCAGUGCACCAUUGCAGCAACAAAGGCUAACUGUACCUGGGCUGCAUCAGGAGGACUGCUGCUAGGAGGUGAUCCCUCCUCUCUCCACAGUGCUGGCACAGGAGAAAGUGGCAAGAGUACUUUCAUUAAUCAAAUGAGGAUUAUUCAUGGAUCAGGUUGCACAGAAGAAGACAGGAAAGACUUCACAAAACUGGUUUACCAAAACAUAUUUACAGCCAUGCAAGUGAUGGUCAGAGCCAUGGAUGCUCUCAAGAUACAGUACACAUCCAAAGAGAAUAAGGAGAAUGCUCAGAUGAUCAGAGAAGUGGAAAUGGAUAAAGUGACAGUGCUGGAAAGAAAACAAUUUGAAGCAAUCAGGAAGCUCUGGGAAGACCCAGGAAUUCAAGAAUGCUGUGACAGACGAGGGCAGUUCCAGCUCUCAGACUCCGCUAAGUAUUAUCUUACUGACCUGUAUCAUAUUGCUAUGCCUUCAUUUGUACCAACUCAGCAAGAUAUUCUUAGAGUCCAAGUGCCAACUACAGAUUAUCCUUUUGAUUUGGAAAAUUUUAGAUUUAGGAUGGUGGAUGUUGGUGGCCAAAGGUCAGAAUGAAGGAAGUAGAUCCAUUGUUUUGAAAGUGUUACUUCCAUAAUAUUCUUAGUUGCAUUAAGUGAAUAUGAUCAA